AUGGCAGAAUUUCUGACCGCCGUCAAAACUACGGUGCGCAAGGAAUCGGAGAAAUCAGCGGAAUCCGUUCUCACUGCAGUCUCGACCCGCCAGAUCCAGGACAAGAAACGCAUCAACCCUUUCAUCGAGGAAGCACACAAUUCCGCACCGGAAGGGAUUGGUCUUGACAAAGACAACAACAUUAUCAAGAGACAGCCGUCAAAAGAUGUCGGCACUCUGGAGGAUGUCUUGCAAAUCUUACGCUCCCAACCGGAUACAGAGAGCUUGCUUCGUACCCUGAAGCUACUACAAUCGAAAUAUGAUUUCAGCCUUCACAAUCCCGGAUCGGCGCAAGCUCAAGUCACCAGCACACUCAUCACCGCAAUCGUUCCCGCAUUCUGGUCUGCACUACGACGCUUGGAUCGUGAUCUGCUUCUUUCCUGCUUGAGAACGGUCACGGGAGCCAAUGCCAUCAUCGCCAGAAUCAGGCUACUUUCAGGAAGCGCCGGAAAGUCCUCCGCUGAGCUGUCAGAUCUCGUAUCCCUCGCCAACGAGUUCCUCACUAGAGAUGACUUUGCUCUCAUCAUUUGGAGUGGUCUGUCGGAGGUUGUGUCAGAGGAGAUCAAGAGGAAGCUGGCAUGGAGGGAGUUUGUGAAUUUGAUUGGCUCUGGCAAGAUUGUUUCUACUAUCGCUAGUGCUGAAGAUGCAUUGAAGGCAGCUGAUGUGUCCAUCAAGACGUCUUCACUGGCCAAAGGAGCAGAGUAUGCUGCAUGGCUGGGUAAAUGUGUUGCGCGACUUGCCGUGAUCAUACCAAUCGAUGGCGCUGCGGCUUCUGAGGGUCGGGAAGAAGCGGCUGCUCGGUUGCUUCAAAAGGCAUUUGGUCUGGGUUACUCAGUUCCAUUCAUCAAGGCCUUUUUUGUCCAUGUCAUGCACACAUCGCCAGAACCUUUCACAACACUAAAAGGACUGUGUAAUCAUCUCCCACUGUUCUCGCAACGGCAACUUCUCGAGAGCACCUUGCAAUGGCUUUCGGCAACGACACACGGCUCGGCGAGGAUAUUUGAAGCAACCAGACAGGAUGAAGAUGUUCGGGCUAUCAGUGGUCUCUUAUCUCUCAUCAUAGUCUCUGGAGAGACGUUUCCACAACACCUGCUCGCCUUUCUCGCCGAUCCAUCGUCUUCCAGCUCCCUUCCGGUGGCCGUGAGGCGAUCAUGUCUCGCAGCUUUGGGUCGCUGCUCACCCGACCUUAUUGACGCACUCCUUGGAAAGACAAUGAAAACAUUCGGAGACUCUCUCUUCAUCAACCAUGCUUCCAUAAUUCAACAAGAGAGCCUCGCGCAAACUCUUCUCAUCGCCGCUGGAACCAUCCAUCGUAGAUCAUCAGUGGUAGUAUCAAGUAUUGCUCGCUCCUCGACCCACAUGUCAGGAGUAAGCAAUCGUCUUGACAGCCCCAACUCGAAAGCCCGAUGGCUUGGCAUGGUUGUUGGGACAGCGAUCUCUACAUUGGUGGACAAGGAAGGCUCAAGGAUGAACUUUGGCACGGAUGAGUUGGAAACUGAUGAAGGCCAGUGGUAUCUUCAUCUGGUGGAAGUUGAAGAUGCCAUCGGCUCCGUUGCUAAUGUCAAAGCUUUCCUGGAUUCUAAAAGGGGUGUAUUGACGACACGGAGAAAGCCACAAACCAAGCAACGGCUUCCCAUGAUCAACGGAAAACCAGUCUUUGGUCCGCCACGUCCCCCAUUACCAYCACAAACCGAAGUCAUCGGCGAGAGGAUUUCCGAAAUCCUAGAUGAAGAUGAGGAUGAAGACGACGAUGACCUCAAACCGUAUGCAAAACCGGAUUCAGAUCCCGAAGACAGUGAUGAGGACGCUACUCUCGUACAACGCAACAAGCCUCGUCCGCCAGUGUACAUUCGUGAUUUGAUGCGUAUGCUUCAGGAYGACAAGGAUGUUGCACGCUUCCAAUUGGGAAUCACUCAUGCUGCUGCCUUGAUCAGAAGAAAAGCGGCAUUCGGAAGGGAGGUGAUCGAUCAUGCGGAGGAGUUGGCCGGAAUGCUAUGCAAUCUGCAAGAUCCUUUCUCAACAGACAAUUUCGACGAGUUGAAGCUGCAAGGACUGAUCGCCAUUCUCUUGGUGGAUGUGAAGAACAUGGCGCCCUGGAUGAGUACGCAGGCUUUCAUGGGUGACUACUCCAUCUCUCAACGCUGCACCAUCCUCUCGGCUCUGGGUCUUGGUGGGAGAGAGCUUGCCGGAUUGAAGAACCUAGACGAAGUUGCUCCUGUACCUGCUGGGAUUGGGUUCCCCAGUAAGAAACUCCCUGGAAGACUCCACGCCGUGUACAAUCCAACCUCCUCCACCAAGAGCCUGGAAAAAGCCAGCGCAACUGUAGAGCACAAGAUGAUAGCUCCACUUGCUCUCUCCGCGGCGGACAAGACUACGCAACAUCUCGACGCCGUCAAAGUGAGAACAUUCUCCUCAAGGAUGGAGGUCCAAUCACGAACGAAGAGGAAUACACCUGCGAACGAUCUUGCGAAAUGUUUUGCGGAGAGUUUCUUUGCUCCGCUGAUUGGGAGGUAUCAACAGGAGAUUGCUGCUUAUGGACAGGGAAGUAUUUACGCCACUACGCCCUUUCUUCUUGUUGCAUUUUUAAAGACGUUGGCGUUGCUUUUGCAUGCUGCUGGACCGGCCACGACUGACCUGGGAGAUGUCGUGGGUGUGUUUUGGAGCGUGUUGCUGGGUUUGAGAGUGAAAGCUGGCGGGGAUAUCAGUGUGUUGGAAGCGGUGCUGUUUUCGAUGUUGACUGUGUUGGAGGUUGUUGGUGAGGGCGCCGGCGGUAAAGAGCGAUUGGCGAGAGAUUUCUCGGGCGAGCUUGCAGAGACCAAGGGCUGGGUCGAGGGCGUGUUUGAGAGAACGGGCAGUGGUGGAUUGGUGGAAGAUGGAGGUGGGGAUGAGGGGAGGGUCAGAAGAUUGGCUGCUGGAGUGUUGGUCAGAAUUGGGGAGGUUGGAGAGGCAUGGCAGAAAACUCUUGCGGGGAGGAUGUGA